UAUAUGUUGGAGGAAUCCGAUGAGCUAUAAAGCUCUUCCACAGAUAUCCAGUAAACGUGGUUAAUACUGUAUCCUCUGCGUCUCAAUACCAACUCUCAUUGGCAGAACUAAAAUGUUCCCCCUCUCACUAUUGCCCAAAGGGGUGGUUUGGUGUUGAACAGAGAAGGGGGGCACGGUGUGUGAAAGAGUGGCCAGCUUGUGUUUAAAUUAAGUGCUGGCACCCACGGUGUGAUGUUCUUAUGCAAUCCAUGUAGCUUUCUUUUAUAUAAACUCCAAAGAAGCUGUGGCCAUACGGCACUGCGGGGCUGCACCGGCUGUGUUUACGAAGGGCCCACGCCUGAGGGGGUGACGUGCCAUAUUUCUACCAGGUGGCAGUCGGGCGGACGUGUGACUUUACGACUUUAUUAUAAUUUCUGUUGGGAUUUUAAGAGCAGCUGUGGUACAAAACAUGAACAUGGAUCUCUGCUGGGUUUGCUAAUGUGCAACUCCUAAAUUGUGUGCUUCAAGGAAUACUCGUGUUGUGAUUAAAUUGAUUGUAGCUUAUUAUACACCAUAUUGAACACGUGGUCUUCUUGAUGCGACUAAGAACGCGUUGUUUUACUGCUGUUUUCAAGAUCCUUUUCAACGAAGCCUUUUUUUAAUGUAAGAUUCCCAUCUUUAUACAGAAAGUGGUGAUGCCCCUCUGUGUGGGGUGCGGGCGGCAGUAAGCGCAGGCGCACGGCAUGCGCGCAGCAUCGGGCUACUCCGAGUCAGAGCACGAUCGCGUGGAUCGCGCCGCUGCUGCCCCUGGGCCCACCGGCCCGACAAGCACCACCGGCCACGGGGGAAGCGCCGCCACCGCCGCCACCUCGGCGACGAGCGCGGACGCCAGGCCCUGGCCCGUCCAGCGCUGGCUGCUUCGCUGCUUCGCCCGCAGGAUGCUGUGCCGCUACCGCGGCGUAGGUGACCGUGCGGAGCCCAAGGCGGUGGUGCGUGGACCGGAGCGUCGCGUGGAAAAGUUGCCGACCCUCCUCGCGCUCUCCAUGGAGGGCACUUGGGAGCCUGUUCCCCGGGCGUCGGCAAGCAGACAUUCUUUGCCGGCACGGCUCACGCCGGCCAUGGAGGUGGCGACCAGCAGCUCCGAAGAGAGCUUCCAGGCACUCAAUCACGCGGAGCAGAUGGCUCGCCGCAUGGAGGGCUACCUGCGGCACAAGCAGCUGUGCGACGUGGUGCUGCUCGCUGGAGAUCGACGCAUCCCCGCGCACCGGCUGGUGCUGAGCUCCGUGUCCGACUACUUUGCAGCGAUGUUUACCAGCGACGUGCGGGAGGCAAAGCAGGAGGAAGUGAAACUCGAGGGCGUGGAGCCCACCGCUCUCUGGGCCCUUGUGCAGUACGCCUACACCGGCCGCCUGGACCUGCGAGAGGACACCAUCGAGGGCCUGCUGGCGGCCGCGUGCUUGCUCCAGCUGUCGCCCGUGGUGGAGGCUUGCUGCGGAUUCCUCAUGAAGCAGCUGCACCCCUCCAACUGCCUGGGCAUUCGCUCGUUUGCCGACGCCCAGGGCUGCACCGACCUGCACAAGGUGGCACACAACUACACCAUGGAGAACUUCCUGGAGGUGAUGCGAAACCAGGAGUUCUUGCUGCUACCAACGGAGGCGGUCGCCGACCUCUUUGCCAGCGAGGAGAUGAACGUGCCGGGCGAGGAGACGGUGUUUCAGGCGCUCAUGGCCUGGGUGAUGCACGACGCCGAGACACGGCGCCACGUCCUGCCGGGCCUGCUCACUCACGUACGCCUUCCGCUGCUCUCGCCGCAAUUCCUGGGCGACCUGGAAAGCAACCCAUUGCUGUGCGACGAUGUGGAGUGCCAACGUCUUUUGCUGCAAGCCAUGAAGUACCACCUCCUUCCCGAGCGCCGCCCAGCCAUGCAAGGGGCCUCCACUCGGCCACGAAAAUCCACCGUGGGGACCAUGUUUGCUGUCGGAGGAAUGGACGCCACCAAGGGAGCCACCAGCAUCGAGCGCUACGACCUGAGGACCAACACGUGGACGCAGGUGGCCAUGCUGAGCGGUCGACGGCUGCAGUUUGGCGUGGCCGUGCUGGACGACAAGGUGUACGUCGUGGGUGGGCGGGACGGCCUGAAGACACUCAACACUGUCGAGUGCUACAAUCCACGCACUCACACCUGGAGCGUGCUGCCGCCCAUGUCCACACACCGGCACGGCCUCGGUGUGGCUGUGCUGGAAGGGCCCAUGUACGCGGUCGGAGGCCACGACGGCUGGAGCUACCUGAACACGGUGGAGCGCUGGGACCCGCAGGCUCGGCAGUGGAACUACGUGGCCAACAUGUCCAACCCGCGCAGCACCGUCGGUGUGGCUGUCCUCAACGGAAAGCUGUACGCAGUUGGCGGCAGGGACGGUAGCUCGUGCUUGCGCUCGGUCGAGUGCUUUGACCCGCACACCAACAAAUGGACGGCGUGUGCGCCCAUGUGCAAGCGCCGAGGGGGCGUGGGCGUGUCUGCCUGUAAUGGGUUCCUCUACGCUGUGGGCGGACACGACACGCCCGCUUCCAACCACUGCUCGCGGAUAUCCGACUGCGUGGAGAGGUUCGACCCCAAGACGGACGCGUGGACGGCCGUAGCGCCCCUGAGUGUGUCGCGGGAUGCGGUUGGCGUGGGCCUUCUCGGGGACCGUCUGUACGCCGUCGGCGGUUACGACGGGCAGACCUACCUCAACACAGUGGAGGCGUACGACCCCGUGGCCAAUGAAUGGGCACAGGUGGCUCCACUGUGUCUAGGCCGUGCCGGGGCAUGUGUGGUCACAGUCAGAGUGAUCUGACGAGGUCAUCGCCGAGUGGGUGUCUUUCUGUGCGGGUGGGGAAGGUGGAAGAAGACACAUCCACAAGCUUUGGAGCGGCUAAUGGCUAAGUUUUUUACAAUUGUUGAAAUGGCUCGUCGAUUUCAAUUAAUUACCCGUUGUGCUGUGCACGUUUGCUUUUUCUCUCUUUUUUUGUAAUUGUAUGAUGUGUGCAUGGAGUGGACAACUCUUGUGAAAAUACACACAUGCUUCCCCCCCCCCCCCCUCCCAUUUCUGCUUCGUGUCGACCGAAUGGCUGGUGCUUGGGGCUUGGUCACCUAUGCCUUGUGCGGAAUCUGGCGAUGAUACUGAGAAAUGAAAUACUCGCUAAGCCCUGCUACUGACAGAAAGCCACCGUCUGUUUGCAGAUAUGGCUAUGUCAAACCAUUGGCUUUGCUUUUUUCCGUGCGCGUGUGUUUGCAGUGUAUAUAGAUUCAAAGCUUUGAAUCGGGUGUUAUAUCCUGCCUGCCGUCGUCUCUGGAUUCAGUGUAUCGGUGCUGUAACCCUUGCGGGGGUCACAUUUUCAUCUGUACUCGCGUGCUGCGUACAUCACAAAUCUCGCAUCAGUAUGCCAGCGACGCGUGACAUUUAUGCUUUUGUGCACACGGCAGCAUGUCCAUUUUUUAAAAUGGGUCUGGUCAGGAAAUAUAAAGAUCUGUCACCUUUAAAAAAAAUAUAUACAUUUCCACCUGAAUGGCAGUGGUUAUUACUUGAGCAUUGUUAAUUUUUAACUCGCGUGUUUGUGUGUUUUUAGUUUUUCCUGAUGCAGGGAAAAAAACUAUUGCAAUUCCUUCACACCAGCAAGCAUGUCUGCCGCGUCCAAUAAGCAUGCGCCGAACUCUAACCUUUUUUGUAAAAAUUUUGCAUUGUGUGCAAUUCGUGCUUCUCGGCUGUGGAUUACCAAAACCAUACACACAGCCCUAACUGGCGGUCGCGCGCUAAGGCAUGCAGAUAAUUGCGGCGAGAUCGUUGAGCAUUUCUUUUCUUCACAGCCAUGUUACCACGGCAGUAAUGCUCUUCACUUUGACCGUGAUCAAGCAUUUUGGCACAAGAUUGGCUGUGGUUCACGAUCGCACCGUGAGCCGAAAGCAAGUCCAUCGGGCACGUCUGUUCCUGCAGUCCCAGGCUGCAGAACUUUGGUUAUUACUGCUUCAAAAACCUAACUGUGGUAAUUGAAAAUGCGCAUUUAAAGCAAAACUGCAAUUUCUGACAAAUGUUGUGAAGUUCUAAUGACUUGGCAAUGGCUCUUUUGGAAUUCGCACAGGACCACCUUUUUAUGCCGAAGUAACGCCUUGUAUAAUUUUACUCUGUUACACAAACUGGAUAAGCACAUCACUUUAACAGUGUUUAGUCAUGAAACGGUGUUUACUAUUGUUACAACUACAUUGAGCACAGCUUGCUUACAUUAUAGAUCUUUUUGUAUUCACCCUUAACCAAACCAAGCUCGGUGAUGAAUGCAGUACUGUAGAAAUGUUUCUGGUAUAUUUUAUUGUACUUGGCGGAGUGUUUUUACCAGGCCUUUGUUACCAUGGAGUAAAUCCAAAUGAACACACGUUGAAAAGCACACCAGGAUAAUAUGAAUGUGGCUUCUUACUGCGUGUUUUUGUCUCAAACACCAUAGGGAGUCCAGAACCAGAUCAGAACAUUGAGAAACAUUAUUAGUGUAGUUUGUUAAUUUUUGUAUCAAAAUAAAAAAAAAUGUUACUCUUAA